GACCACAGUACCCUUCACCUUUUUAAAAUAAACGUUGAAUCCCUAAUGGCACACUGACUAAAUUAUCAUAAAUUACCAAAAUCAAAAUGGAAGAAGGCUCUGCGGCCUAACUCGCUUCAAGAUUGUCAUCAACUGAUUGGCAAAUCGCAGUUACUAGUUACUUGGCAGAGAACUAAGGUCUGACCAGGAUGCAGAACACUGACUUGCCCAAUGAGGGAAACAAAUUUCAAGUCCGGAAAUUGGAGAUCACAGACAAAAGCAAGGGUUUCAUAGAGUUGUUGCAACAACUAAGUGUUUGUGAUUCCGUAUCUGACAAGCAAUUUGAAGAGCGAUUUCAAGAACUGAGUUCCUAUGGUGAUGACCAUAUUGUUUGUGUGAUUGAGGAUGAUCAUUCUGGGAAAAUUAUUGCAACUGGGAGUAUGUUCAUUGAAAAAAAGUUUCUGAGAAAUUGUGGAAAAGUUGGGCAUAUUGAAGAUGUUGUGGUUGAUGCCGGUGCACGAGGAAUGCAAUUAGGAAAGAAGAUAAUCAAAUUCCUUACAAACCAUGCUCAUGAUAUGGGGUGUUACAAGGUAAUUCUUGAUUGCAGUGUUGACAAUAAAGCAUUCUACGAGAAAUGUGGUUUCAACGAGAAAGAAAUUCAGAUGGUUCAGUACUUUGUUUAA